AUGGCCCCUUUCCAAUUCGGAGAUUUGGGCACAAUAUGCAACUAUGCGAAAGUUAAAUACGAAGAGCGGGCUGAGACGAAGAGGCGCCGCAGCUACAGACGCUCGUCCAGCGACCCCACCAUGAACGCUACUAUACGCAAACCCCACGGCAAACUACACAAACCGCCCAAGAUACAGUCGCUACAUGAAAGAAAAGAGCGCCCGCGCAAUAAGUUGCAGAAAUCUAGACCGCAGAGUGUUAUUGGGGUGGUUAGGCCGCCUGUUAAUCUCUUUGCGCUGGAAUACGAUCCUUAUCCGUAUAAUACGCAACCGAGUCAGUUUCUGGGCGUGUACUCCAGUAUCGAUACUGUCACGGCGGCUGCAUUUCGACAUGGCGCGUAUACGUUUUCAAGAGAAGGGCUGUUGGAUGGAAGCGAGUACCUGAGUCCGACGGGUCGCAUCAAGAUUGUCUCGCACGCUAUACAGAGUGUGGGUGUUACGGCUGCGGUACCGGGGGAUAGGGCUAGCAAGAAGUUCGACGACGGGGUUAUGAGGCUGGAUAUACCGCAUCCGAGUCAGCCUGUGCCACGGUUCGACAGUCAACAGGAUCUUGACAAGCAAAACGUCAGCAAGGAUGCGGUCUUCCUGGCGCUUCACGAAGGGCCGCAGAGCGCGUACUGCAUUGGGAUGUUUACGAGCAAGAGUUUGGCAUGGGGUGCUUGCUUGAAAGAUAAGGCAUGGCUGGAGUGGUCAGACCCGCUGACUGAGGAAGAGAGGACGGUCGAGGAGAAUGAUAUGCCGCGCAUCUCUGCCAGACUCGUGGGAAGCGGAAGACACGCGUGGUUCGUGAGGGCUUUUGAAGUUGAUGGAAGGUGA